UUUCACACCACUUUCUCUGACCCAGCUUCACAUUAAUAUUAGCUAAGAAGUAGAGGAAGGAGCAGUACCGCCCGCUGCAGUCGCCAAGGUCCCCGAACGUGCAGCUAUCACAAACCCUAAGCCACCACCAAGUGGACCCAAGACAAGGGGAGUUUGACUAUUCGUUGCUUGUGAUGUCAACAGAAAGUGGAAAGAAGAACAAAUUUUUAGGAGGAGAUAAUAGCAGUCAAAAGAGAGAACAAAGCAUGCUUAAUGAUCAGAAUCUAACUACUCCUCCUAACAUGACCAUGGAUUGUAGAAGAAAAUCAAAAAGGUGGAGACAAGCAUCUGAUACAUUGAUCAUCAAAGAGAGUCAGAGUCAGACUUGCAGCAGAAAUGAUCAAAAUGGGAUGCCAACAAACAGUGGAAAAAGUAAACUAAGGAGAGUUUCGGAAGGUGAUCUUGCUAAUAUGAGCAUGGAUUGUCGAAGAAAAUCAAGAAGGUGGAGAGAAGCAUCUGAGCCAGCGCUACAUGAAAAGAAUCAGACUUCCGAUAGUCAUGAUGAAAAUGGCAAUGCAUCUAACUAUUGUGAUCAGGGAAAUAGAAAUGAUCGACAAAAUUCUGACGUGGUUGUAAAUGAGAGGUUAUUUUCCCAUGAAAAUUCAGCUGCUUAUAGUACAUAUAUGAUAGGGCUGAUUGUGAAAUAUGAGGACUCUGGAGACAACGUCUGUAAUUGUACUUAUUGCGGUGCAUAUUUUUGGCACGAAGAAGCUAUAAAACAAUCAUCUAUAAAUGUGCAACUCAUAUAUACAAAUUACUGUAAAAAAGGACAGAUUAAGCUUCCACAACUUGGACCAACUCCUAAUUUUCUUAGAACAUUAUUAAAUGACAAACAUUUUAAAGAAAAUAUUCGAGUUUAUAAUUCAAUGUUCUGUUUCACAUCAAUGGGAGCAAAAAUUGAUCAUAAAAUAAAUGCUGGAUCAGGUCUUUACAUAUUCAAAAUCAAUGGACAACCUAGAAUCUGGAUAUACAUAUGUUUCUGGAGGUUUCUUCUUUCUUCUAGUCAGGAAAGGGGAUUUUCAUCUCAUCAUCUGAGCACGGAGUUAGUUCUUGCUGAGCCCAAUCGUGCUAGAUCACCCAGAUUGUGCAUAUUGAAGGGGGAGAGGUUUGAAGUGGAAACAGAAAAAAAGAGUUUCAAAGAUGAGACUAUUGUUUACAUCGAUGAUGAGGAGGAGAGGAGAGGGGAAGAUACUUUUGCCCUCAUCCCUGUCCAGAGGAGAAUUUGGAUUCAUUCGCUGUCAAAACAUUUAGUUCCUCUAAUUCAGAAUUCAGAGAAAGCUGAUUUCACAAACCUUAUAUUUUCCAAACAUUGUAAAUGUUCCUCUCUUCAAGGGAUGCUCAAUGGAAUUCAUCAAUCAGAUUUGAUUUGCAGGUUCAUCCAAAAAAAAAAAAAAGGAACAAAACACAUUCUAACUUAUAAUACAUCCACAGACCCUGAAGACCAGAUCUGCCUAUCCGGAGUCCAGAAGCGCAUACAUUAUGUCUUUCACAAUCUCAGACUCACCGAUCUCAAUCAAUCUCCAUCAAGACUUGGUCGAAAAGAGGAAAUCUGUCGUUCUCACUCAAAAACAAAGGUACACCUAAGAAAAAUAGAUUACUUUCAUACCUUAUAUAGAGUUUCUUUCCUGUGAUUUUUCUUCUGAAUUUUUCUUUACCGGAAGAUUUACUUCAUGAUCAGCUUUGUUUAACUUAUCAUCAAGGAUGAUUGCUAUGUAAUAAACAAAGAAUUUCUCCGGUAGGUGUUGAAUCUAAGGAACUAGCAAGAGUAAUCCAGAGAUAUAUCGUUUAUUAAUUAGAAUUUCAACUCUGCACUUUAUUCAAAAUCUUAUUUUCUGCAGAAAAGGUUUCAAUCCUUUGAACUAAAGUACUCUCAUUCGUUAAAUAAUUUGAUUUGUUGCAUCGUUGCUGCUCAUCAUCAUCUUUUCAACAUUGAGUAAUGCUCAUUGGAAUACUGUGAAUUUAGGUAGUUAGAAAGAUAAAAAGGUUUUGCUCAAGGGUAAUGAGAAUUGUCUCCAUCUAGGAAACUGUAAAUGAAUAGGAGUAGUGUGAGUUUGAGUAAUCGGAAACAUAAUUUGAAACUAAUGUUUCCAUCUGGGAACCUGUAAAUGAAUAGGUGUAGUGUGAGUAAUCAGAAACAUAAUUUCAAACUAAAACUGAAAUGAAUCAGCAUCUUGGACAACCUAUUAUUGAUUGGAUAGACGUUUCUACUUUUCAUGAUUCUUAGUGAAGAAAAGAAAAGAAAGAAAAAAAAAAAAAGAGUAUCAGUUUGAUAUUUCCUA